CCUGGCGUCCCCAGGGAGGGAGCUCAGGCUCGGGGCUGUGAAAGGCUCAUUUAUCCAGCGCGCUGCAGACACUGACUCAUCCCCCCCUCUCGCUAGCUCCGCUCCCAGCCAGCCCGGCCCCGCGCCCCCGGCUGCCCCGCACCAUGAGCUCUCCGCCCGCCGCUGCCGCCGCCGCCUCGCUGCUCCUGGUCGCGCUGCUGCUGGUUGCCCCGCCGCUCGGGGAGUCCGAGAGCCCGAAGGGGAAGCACAAGGCGCUGCGCCAGAGGGAGGUGGUGGAUGUGUACAAUGGAAUGUGUUUACAAGGACCUGGUGGUGUUCCUGGACGAGAUGGAAACCCUGGCAUCAAUGGAAUUCCUGGGACACCUGGAAUCCCUGGUCGGGAUGGGUUGAAAGGAGAAAAAGGAGAAUGUAUGCGAGAAAGUAUUGAGGAGUCUUGGACACCCAACUUCAAACAGUGUUCAUGGAGUGCGCUGAAUUAUGGCAUAGAUCUUGGGAAAAUUGCAGAAUGUACAUUCACAAAGAUGCGCUCUAACAGUGCUCUAAGGGUUCUCUUCAGUGGAUCACUUCGACUCAAAUGCAAAAAUGCAUGCUGCCAGCGGUGGUAUUUUACAUUUAAUGGAGCCGAAUGCUCUGGGCCACUUCCUAUUGAAGCCAUAAUUUAUUUAGACCAAGGAAGCCCAGAGCUGAAUUCAACUAUUAAUAUACAUCGCACUUCUUCAGUGGAAGGACUGUGUGAAGGAAUCAGCGCUGGGUUGGUGGAUGUUGCUAUCUGGGUUGGUACUUGUGCAGAUUACCCAAGAGGUGAUGCUUCUACAGGAUGGAAUUCAGUCUCUCGGAUCAUCAUCGAAGAGCUGCCGAAAUAGAAGUUUUUUCUAAACCUCCUUAUAACCCAUCGUUCCCAAGCCCCCUAUCAAUUUUUUAUACACAUUUUGUACAAUUAACUUUGAAAUUGAAUAUUUCUGUAGAGCUUUGUAAGCAUUUGGCCAGAAUACACAAACUUGCUUACAAGCACCCUAGUUGAAUUUUUCCAGCUGAACUGUUUAACAUGUAGGCACAUCACUGUUGAGCACACCUGGCAAGUUCUACAAUAUAAUUUUAGAACAAAUAUUAGAAACAAGUUUGUCCAGUUGUUUUAUUAUAAUUUGGACCGAAUAUUUAUCACCUUUGUAAAAACUAUACAUUAAAUCUUUUUAUAUUGGUAAAAUAAAUAAGACCUUUUACAAAAAGCGGCAAAAAUCCAGGCUAUUUUAUUGUCAGCAAAAUGCAAAGGGUUUUACUUUUUACAUGACUAUUAUGAAACAGGUGGAUUAGAGUAGCUUGACAGACAUGAAAGUAAUAUCUGUGGAGAAAAUACUAUACUUUAUUCUUCAUUUUAGAUUCCAAGAGCAUUACUUAAAAGUAUCAAGUCAUAUUAUACAAACCUGAUUGUACUACUGUAGCACCGAAUUAUUCAAUUUUACUAUAGUUCUGAUUCAACUCCCAUUGAUGUGCGUGAGAGUUGGAUCCAUGCCAAUAAGAAGCAGAAAAUAUCUCAUUUUAAAAGAUUAAGUUUUCAGCAUACCAUUUUGGCUUUUCCCCCACUAAGUUAAAUAACUCAUUAAGAGGUUCUCCACACCCAAUUUAUGGUUAGUAUGAAAGUCAGUUAAUACUGAAGAAGACUAAUAAGCGUGAAUAUAUUGGACAAUUUUACUACAACAAAUGUUGAUUUACUUUAAUAAUUAAGGUAUUUCAUUUUCCCAACAAACUAGUUUAUUUCAUAGUCUUCUUAGCCAGUCACCACUUAUCACUUUGGUGCUAAGAUAAUUAUAAAUCAGCAACACAAAAGCAUUAAGUGUGUUACAUUAAUAGGAAUGGAAAAAAUAAAUAUUUAAGGGUAGGCUCAAAUGCCUCAUGCUGUAUGGCCUUCAGAAUAGUUUGCAAGUCUUAGAAGCAAUCACAGUAUGAAGGUAAUGUGUUCAGUCUCCUAAGACUAGAUAAAGAAAAUGAUUAUGUUGAUCAUUCAGCAUUUCUCAUAGCUAACUGUAGCAUUCUAAGUAUUCACUCCAAAAUGCAGCUGUCAAGUGACAGUACCCACAAAAGUGGGACCCUUUUAAAUUUUUACAACUUAAAAAAAAUGUUAAGUGGUUAGGAAGAAUUCAAAUUUUGCACUGAAGACACAAUCCAAAGGAAAAGUCACAAAAGCAUGUAUAACAUGUGAAAGUGUAAUGACUAGUUUUCCCUAGAAUUAAAAAGAAAAAAACCUGUACAGCUUAGAUUCAGGUUUUAAUCUUUUUUUUUAUUAAUUAUUAUUAUUAUUAUUAAAGAAAUACUUUGGUCAGCCAGGUUCUGAAGAGAAGAUGCAAUACAUAUUCUUUAAGAUUGUCACUGCAUUUCCCUCUCAAAUUUCUACCUCCAUUUUGCAGUGAAUUGGUACACCUCUACCUUGACAGAACGCUGUCCUUGGGAGCCAAAAAAAUCUUACCGCGUUAUAUCGAACUUGCUUUGAUCCACCGGAGUGUGCAGCCCCGCUCCCCCGGAGCACUGCUUUACCGCAUUAUAUCCAAAUUAGUGUUAUAUCAGGGUAGAGGUGUACCAUAUAAACUAACCUGAAACUAGGAGGCUGUCAGGCUCUUCUACCUGGAAAUAAUAUCAGAUCAGUGUUGCUGCUGAGGUCCAGCAAGCUAUACAGCGGAUAUAUCUCCCUAGAACUUCAUUCAUUGCCACUGUUUUCAUGGGCUUUCAGAGAAUAUUCUCCUCUUCGAGUGGUUAGCAAUGCCCCAUUGAAUUAGUCCUACAUAUUAUGUACUUGGUUUUUUUUUUUGUUAAAUAAAAACCUCAAAAGGCACAUGAAGUUAACAACUGCAUUAUACAGAGAUGUUAAGCUUCGUAAUUCACAUGAUGGCCUUUGAGUAAGUUCAGUUAUCAUUCAAGUACAAAUGAAAUGUAAAUAUAAAAAAUGCCUAUAUAAUAAAGAAGGCCAGCUAACAGAACCCUAACAGUAUCCCAUUUCUGCUGAAUGCCAGCAAUUUCAUAAUUUAGACAUUUAUGUUCUCAGGUCUGUGUGUGUGAGUGGGAGUAGGAAUGGAUUAUCUAUUAUUUGUAUUACUGUAGCACAUGGGAGCUCUAGUCACAGACCUGGACCACACAAUGCUGUGAAAACAUAGAACAAAGAUAGUCCCUGCCCCAAGAAGCUUAGUUAGUAAAGACUUAAACAUGCAGUAAAGAUUACCCAAGAAGGCAGUAAGAUCAAUCAAUUGAAAAACAUUCCUCUCAAUAUCAAGCUACUCUUCAGAUGGUUGAAUUAAGAAUGCUCAACAUUUUAACUUUUGCAAUGUCCUAAAUUCCAGAAUCAUAAAAUUACUCACUCCAGGCUCACUCCAAAUUACUUCUUAUGUACAAAGAACUUGCCAUAGGUUAGGUUAGCAUGCUAUGAAAGGAUGAGCUUUUGGAAUAAUCAAUUUCCUAAGCAAUAAAGAAGGUAAACCAGUUGCCGGGCUCCAAGUUAUUUAACUUACAGGUUGAAUAAUUCUUGUAUUUACAUUUAUUAACUCCUGCCUCUCAUUCGAUACUUUAUACAAAACAAUUGAAUGCUGUUACAAACAUGGAUAUUUGCAAAGAACGCAUUUUCCUGAUGCAGAAUUAAGAAUAACUAAAGUCUGCUAACUCUGAAAAACAUGUACCCUGGAUCCUGACCCCUGGGAUGCCACUGCUGUUUCAAAUGUUCUUCUCCCAUGCACAGUGCUUAUGGUGGAAGACUACAUAUGUGGUGUCAAGUAAUACUCUGAAUAAAAAGAACAAGGAGCACUUGUGGCACCUUAGAGACUAACAAAUGUAUUUAGGCAUAAGUUUUGUAAGCAAAAACUCACUUCACCAAAUGCAUGGAGUGGAAAAUACGGUAGGUGUACACACACACACACACACACACACACUUUCUCUCACUCCCCGCCCCCCCCAGGAACAAAGCCCGUUGCCAACUCAGUCCAUAUCUAUUCAAGGGACACCAUCAUAGGACCUAAUCACAUCAGCCACACCAUCAGGGGCUUGUUCACCUGCACAUCUACCAAUGUGAUAUAUGCCAUCAUGUGCCAGCAAUGCCCCUCUGCCAUGUACAUUGGCCAAAUCGGACAGUCUCUACACAAAAGAAUAAAUGGACACAAAUCAGACAUCAAGAAUUAUAACAUUCAAAAACCAGUUGGAGAACACUUCAGCCUCUCUGGACACUCAAUUACAGACCUAAAAGUCGCAAUUCUUCAACAAAAAAACUUCAAAACCAGACUCCAACGAGAAACUGCAGAACUGGAAUUAAUUUGCAAACUGGACAUCAUUAAAUUAGGCUUGAAUAAAGACUGGGAGUGGAUGGGUCAUUACACAAACUAAAAACUAUUUCCCCAUACUAAUUUUUCUCCCCUACUGUUACUCACACCUUCUUGUCAACUGUUUGAAAUGGGCCAUCCGGAUUAUCACUACAAAAGUUUUUUUCUCCUGCUGAUAAUAGCCCACCUUCAUUGAUUUGUCUCGUUCGAGUUGGUAUGGCAACUCCCAUCUUUUCAUGUCCUCUGUAUGUAUGUGUACACACACACACACAC